AUGUCUACAGCAACAUUGUUAUAUUCAAUUCAACAAAAUAUACUUCGAAUUGGUGGUCCAAUAUUAAUAACUAUGGGAAGUAUCAGUUGUAUAUUGAAUUUAAUGGUGUUUACCAAGGAUACUCUACGAAAAAAUCCAUGUACAAUUUGCUUUGUAGCUAUCAAUACCAUUAAUUUCUUAUAUUUUUAUUUGGGUCUUCUUUUUACAACACUUGCAGUUGGUUACAAUAUCGAUCCUAGUGCAAGCAAUAUCGCCUUUUGUCGAUUUCGUUAUUACGUGGCUUUGGUAUUUGCGUGCUGGGAAUCAUCCUGCAUCAUUUUGGCAUCAAUCGAUCGCACAUUAGUCACCUCACCAAAUGCUGGAACACGAAAACUUAGUACACGUCGUUUAAUUGCUACAAAAUUUGAGGAUGCCACGGGAGAUCCAGCAGAAAUGGGCCAAACAAAAGCGGAAAGCGAACAAUAG